AGAGAAGCGCCCCAGCCCAGCCAGCCAGCCCGGCGCAGCCCAGCCAUGGCCGAGGGAGGCGGAGAGGGCGAGGAUGAUAUCCUCUUCCUCCGGACCGAUGAUGAAGUCGUGCUUCAGUGUUCAGCCACAAUCCUAAAGGAACAGCUGAAGUUAUGCCUGGCUGCUGAAGGCUUUGGAAACCGGCUAUGUUUCCUGGAACCUACCUCCAAUGCUCAGAAAGUCCCUCCAGAUCUGGCCAUAUGCUGCUUCAGCCUGGAACAGUCCUUGUCGGUACGAGCCCUGCAGGAGAUGCUGGCCAACACCGUAGAGGUGGGCUCCGAGUCUUCUCAAGGUGGCGGACACCGGACCCUCCUGUACGGACACGCUAUUCUUCUUCGGCAUUCCCACAGUGGCAUGUAUUUAAGCUGCCUAACCACAUCCCGCUCCCUGACGGAUAAACUUGCCUUUGACGUGGGCCUUCAGGAGGAUGCCACAGGAGAAGCCUGCUGGUGGACCAUCCACCCCGCCUCCAAGCAGCGAUCGGAAGGGGAGAAGGUGCGCGUUGGUGAUGACCUCAUCCUUGUGAGCGUUUCCUCCGAGCGGUACCUGCACCUGUCCACAGCCAGCGGAGAACUUCAGGCAGAUGCCUCCUUCAUGCAAACGCUUUGGAACAUGAACCCGAUCUGCUCAGGCUGUGAGGAAGGGUAUGUGACCGGUGGCCAUGUUAUGCGCCUCUUCCACGGCCACAUGGAUGAAUGCCUCACGAUCUCCACCACGGACCAGAAUGAAGAGCAGCGCAAAGUGGUGAACUAUGAAGGUGGAGCUGUCUGUUCCCAAGCUCGUUCGCUGUGGCGCCUGGAGCCCUUGCGCAUCAGCUGGAGCGGCAGCCACAUGAAGUGGGGCCAGCCCUUCCGUGUCCGUCAUGUCACCACAGGCCGCUACUUGGCAUUGACCGAGGAGAAGGGGCUGGUUGUGGUGGAUGCUGAGAAAGCCAACACCAAAGCCACUGCUUUUUGCUUCCGGAUCUCCAAGGAAAAGCUGGACGUGGCCCCAAAGCGAGAUGUGGAGGGGAUGGGGGCCCCGGAGAUCAAGUACGGCGAGUCCAUGUGCUUCGUGCAGCAUGUGGACAGCGGCCUCUGGGUGACGUAUGCGGCGGCUGAUGCCAAGGCGCUGCGCCUGGGGAUAGUCAAGAGAAGGGCCAUUUUGCAUCAGGAGGGGCACAUGGACGACGCCCUCUCGCUGACGCGCUGCCAGCAUGAGGAAUCGCAAGCUGCUCGGAUGAUCUACAGCACUUCUGGGCUUUACAACCAGUUCAUCAAGGGCCUGGACACCCUGAGUGGAAAGGUCAAGCUGAGCACCCCGGUGACUCUUCCCAUCAGUGGGAUGAUUCUCAGCUUGCAGGAUCUGAUCAACUACUUCCAGCACCCCGAGGAAGAGCUGCAACAUGAGGAAAAGCAGACCAAGCUCCGCUCUCUCAAAAACAGGCAAAAUCUCUUCCAGGAGGAGGGCAUGAUCACGCUCGUCCUGAACUGCAUCGACCGUCUCAAUGUGUAUAGCACUGCUGCGCACUUUGCAGAGUUUGCCGGCGAGGAUGCGGCUGAAUCCUGGAAGGAGAUUGUCAACCUGUUGUACGAGCUGCUCGCCUCCUUGAUCCGCGGGAACCGCUCCAACUGUGCUCUUUUCUCCAACAACCUGGACUGGCUGGUCAGCAAGCUGGACCGACUGGAGGCUUCCUCUGGCAUCUUGGAAGUGUUGUACUGUGUGCUCAUCGAAAGCCCCGAAGUGCUGAACAUCAUCCAGGAAAAUCACAUCAAGUCUAUCAUCUCACUGCUGGACAAACACGGGCGCAACCACAAGGUCCUGGACGUCCUCUGUUCUUUGUGUGUGUGCAAUGGCGUGGCCGUCCGUUCCAACCAAAAUCUUAUCACUGAAAACUUGCUCCCCGGGCGGGAUCUGCUCUUGCAGACCAAACUCAUCAACCAUGUCACCAGCAUGCGCCCCAACAUCUUCCUGGGCACGCAUGAGGGCUCCACCCAGUACAAGAAGUGGUACUAUGAAAUGAUGGUGGAUUACGUGGAGCCAUUUAUGACUGCCCAGGUCACCCACCUGCGGGUUGGCUGGGCCAUGGCAGAGGGCUACAGCCCCUACCCUGGGGGCGGGGAAGGCUGGGGAGGCAACGGCGUUGGAGAUGACCUCUACUCCUUCGGAUUUGACGGCCUGCACCUGUGGUCAGGGCGUGUGGCUCGGGCUGUGGCGUCACCAGGGCAGCACAGCUUGGGGGCGGACGACGUGGUGAGCUGCUGCCUCGACCUGAGCGUUCCCAGCAUCUCCUUCCGCAUCAACGGCUUCCCGGUGCAGGGCAUGUUUGAGAACUUCAACCUGGAUGGUCUCUUCUUCCCCGUGGUCAGCUUCUCUGCGGGCGUCAAGGUGCGGUUCCUCCUGGGAGGGCGCCAUGGGGACUUCAAGUUCCUGCCCCCACCGGGCUACGCUCCCUGCUAUGAGGCCCUCUUGCCCCGGGAGAAGAUGCGUGUGGAGCCCAUCAAGGAGUAUAAGCACGACUUCAACGGGUUCCGGAAUCUCCUAGGCCCUACACAGUCCCUGUCCCACACCUCCUUCACGCCCUACCCAGUUGACACCAUGCAGAUCGUAUUGCCCCCACACCUUGAGCGGAUCCGGGAGAAAUUGGCCGAGAAUAUUCAUGAGCUUUGGGCCCUGACCCGCAUAGAACAAGGGUGGACUUACGGACCUAUCCGAGAUGAUAACAAGCGCUUGCACCCGUGUUUGCUGGAUUUUCAUAGCCUGCCUGAACCAGAACGUAAUUACAACCUGCAGAUGUCGGGAGAGACACUCAAGACCUUGCUUGCUCUGGGCUGCCAUGUGGGGAUGGCAGACGAAAAAGCUGAAGAGAACCUCAAGAAAACCAAGCUUCCCAAAACAUACACGAUGUCCAACGGCUAUAAACCAGCACCGCUGGAUCUCAACCAUGUCAAGCUAACUCCAGCCCAGAAUACCCUGGUGGACAAGUUGGCUGAGAACGGGCACAACGUCUGGGCAAGGGAUCGUGUCCAGCAGGGCUGGACCUAUAGUGUCAUGCAGGACAUCAAAAACAAGCGCAACCCCCGCCUGGUGCCGUACAUCCUGUUAGACGAACGGACCAAGAAAACAAACCGGGACAGCUUGCGUGAGGCGGUGCGCACCCUCAUUGGCUACGGAUACAACAUUGAGCCGCCAGACCAGGAAGCCAGUCAAGACCUGACCAAAAGCCGGUCAGAGAAGGUCCGCAUCUUCCGGGCUGAGCAGUUCUAUGCAGUGAAGUCGGGCAAAUGGUACUUUGAGUUUGAGGCAGUCACCACCGGCGAGAUGCGUGUGGGCUGGGCGCGGCCGAAUGUGCGGCCCGACGUGGACCUGGGAGCGGACGAGCUCUCCUAUGUUUUCAACGGGCAUCGGGGCCAACGCUGGCAUGUGGGCAGCGAGCCUUUUGGGCGCCCGUGGCAACCAGGUGAUGUGGUUGGCUGCAUGAUAGAUCUCGGCGACAACAGCAUCAUGUUCACGCUCAAUGGGGAGAUGCUGAUCAGCGACUCGGGGUCGGAACUGGCCUUCAAAGAGGUCGAGAUUGGAGAUGGCUUCAUCCCCGUUUGUAGCUUGGGCCUGUCCCAGGUUGGGCGUCUGAACUUGGGCCAGGAUGUCAGCAGCCUUCGCUACUUCACCAUCUGCGGCCUGCAGGAAGGCUUUGAGCCCUUUGCCAUCAACAUGAAGCGGGACAUCACCAUGUGGUUCAGCAAGAGCUUGCCCCAGUUUUCCCCUGUGCCAGUGGAGCACCCUCACUAUGAGGUGUCGCGGAUCGACGGCACCGUGGACAACCCGCCGUGCCUGAAGCUGACUCACCGGACCUUUGGCUCCCAGAACGCAGUGGUGGAGCUUCUCUUCUUGCGCCUCAGCAUGCCUGUGGAGUUCCACGAGAAGUUCAAAAUCGCCGCCGGAACAACGCCUCUCACCCACACGCUCACCAUCCCUGAGGACGAGGUCAAGGACGUCGACCUGGAUUCGGAGUUCGAGCAGCUGAAGAAAACUGCCAGCCGCAAAGAGGCUGAGGAGGCGGAGAAGGAGAAGCAAGGCCCCGCUCCGCCCACCACUCCCAAGGAGCCUCCCAAGGAGGCCUCCAAGGCUGAGAACGAGAAGGACGCCUCCACGGAAAAAAGCAAGGCCAAGCGCGGCUUCCUGUUCAAAGCCAAGAAGGCCACCACUUUUAUCACCCCGCCUCCCGUAGUACCCACAGUUCCGCGACUGGAAGAAGAGGUUGUUCCAGAUGAUAGAGAUGACCCUGAGAUCAUCAUGAACACCACAACGUACUACUACUCGGUGCGGAUCUUUGCAGGCCAGGAGCCGACCUGUGUCUGGGUCGGCUGGGUCACACCUGACUAUCACCAGCACGACAUGAACUUUGACCUCACCAAAGUGCGCAAUGUCACUGUCACCAUGGGCGACGAUAAGGGAAACAUCCAUGACAGCAUCAAGCGAAGCAACUGCUACAUGGUCUGGGGAGGGGACUUUGUCAGCAGCACGCAGCAGACCCGCGUCAGCACCGUGGACCUGGUGAUCGGCUGCCUUGUUGAUUUGGCCACAGGCUUCAUGAGCUUCACAGCCAAUGGGAAAGAGGUCAACACUUUCUUUCAGGUGGAGCCAAACACCAAGCUGUUUCCUGCUGUUUUUACUCUCCCAACAAGCCAGAACGUCAUCCAGUUUGAACUAGGCAAGCUGAAGAACAUCAUGCCCAUCUCAGCUGCCAUGUUCCGCAGUGAGAGGAAGAACCCCGAACCCCAGUGCCCGCCUCGGCUUGUCAUCCAGGUGCUGACACCUAUGACCUGGAGCCGCAUGCCCAACGAGUUCCUGCGGGUAGACGUGGCCCGUUUCAGCGAACGGCACGGCUGGAUGGUCGAGUGCCUUGAGCCUAACAUCAUGAUGGCCCUCCACAUCCCCGAGGAAAGCCGGUGCAUCGACAUCCUGGAGCUGUCCGAGCGUCUGGACCUGCUGAAGUUCCACUCGCACACCCUGAAGCUGUACUGCGCCGUGUGUGCCCUGGGCAACAACCGAGUGGCGCACGCCUUGUGCAGCCACGUGGAUGAGUCGCAGCUGCUGUACACCAUCGAGAGCAACCACCUGCCGGGCCUCCUGCGCAGCGGCUACUACGACCUGCUCAUCAGCAUGCACCUCGAGUCGGCCAAGCGCUCCCGCCUCACGAUGAACAACGAAUUCAUCGUCCCCAUGACGGACGAGACCAAGAGCAUCACGCUCUUCCCGGACGACACGAAGAAGCCCGGUUUGCCCGGCGUGGGCAUGAGCACCUGCCUCCGCCCCCCUCUGCAUUUUGCAGACACCUGCUUCGUCAGCACCAGCUCUGAGCUGUACCAGUUGAGCCCUUCCAUCCCCUUGGACAUCCUGAAGGUGAAGGCCAUCAACAUGCUGACCGAGGCUGUCCAGGAUGGCGGGCAGCACACCCGGGACCCGGUGGGAGGCAGCGUGGAGUUCCAGUUUGUGCCCGUCCUCAAGCUGAUCUGCACCCUCCUCAUCAUGGGUGUCUUUGAGGAUGAGGACGUGCGCCACAUCCUCAAGAUGAUCGAGCCCAACGUAUUUGGGGAGCCCAAGGAAGAGGAGGAAGAGGUGCCGGCGGGGACUGAAGAAGGAGAGGAGCAGGUGCCUGCGGAGGAGGAGGAGGAGCUGGAGGAGGAAGAGAUGGCCGAGGCAGAGGAGGAGUUUGAAGAGGAAGCAGAGAAGGAGGACGAAGAAGGGCUAGAGGAAGGCCUGCUGCAGAUGAAGCUUCCUGAAUCUGUCAAGCUGCAGAUGUGCAAUCUGCUGCAGUUCUUCUGCGAUCGUGAGCUGCAGCACCGCGUGGAAGCCAUCAUCGCCUUUUCUGAGCGCUAUGUGGACAGGAUGCAGAUCAACCAGCGCCAGCGCUACAGCACCCUGAUGCAGGCCUUCACCAUGUCCGCUGCUGAGACGGCCCGGCGCACUCGGGAGUUCCGAUCCCCUCCACAGGAGCAGAUUAACAUGCUGCUACAGUUUAAGAAUGGUGCUGACGAAGAGGACUGCCCGGUACCGGACGAGAUCCGUGAUGAGCUGCUGGAGUUCCACACAGACUUGCUGUCACACUGUGGUAUCCAGUCAGAGGGUGAGGAGGAGGAGGAGGAGGAAGAUACAUCCUUCCGCCGGCGGUUGAUGAACCUGGUGGAGAAGGUGGUGAGCCUCCGCAAGAAGAAGGCGGACCUGGAAGAGGAACAGCCUCCGGAAGACAAGCCAAAGCCCAGCACUCUGCAGGAGCUGAUCUCUCACACCAUGGUUCACUGGGCCCAAGAGUCCUUCAUCCAGAGCCCAGAGCUGGUCCGGGUCAUGUUCAGCCUUCUCCACAGGCAGUACGACGGCCUCGGCGAGUUACUCCGUGCCCUGCCGAAGGCCUACACCAUCAACGCCAACUCCGUGGACGACACUAUGAGCCUGCUGGAGUGCCUGGGCCAGAUCCGUUCACUGCUCAUCGUCCAGAUGGGGCUUGAAGAGGAGAACCUGAUGAUUCAGAGUAUUGGCAAUAUUAUGAACAACAAAGUUUUCUACCAGCACCCCAACUUGAUGAGGGCCCUGGGCAUGCACGAGACCGUCAUGGAGGUGAUGGUGAAUGUGCUGGGCGGAGGGGAUUCCAAGGAGAUCCGCUUCCCCAAGAUGGUGACCAACUGCUGCCGCUUCCUGUGCUACUUCUGCCGCAUCAGCCGCCAGAACCAGCGCUCCAUGUUCGACCAUCUCAGCUACCUGCUGGAGAACAGCGGCAUUGGGCUGGGCAUGCGUGGAUCCACCCCCUUGGACGUGGCCGCUGCGUCUGUCAUUGACAACAACGAGCUGGCCCUGGCUCUGCAGGAGCAAGACCUGGAGAAGGUGGUGACCUACCUGGCCGGGGCUGGCCUUCAGAGCUGCUCCAUGCUGCUCUCCAAGGGGUACCCGGACAUCGGCUGGAACCCCUGCGGGGGCGAGCGCUACCUGGACUUCCUGCGCUUCACUGUCUUUGUCAACGGUGAGAGCGUAGAAGAGAACGCCAACGUGGUUGUGAGGUUGCUGAUCCGGCGUCCUGAGUGCUUUGGCCCUGCCCUACGGGGUGAGGGUGGCAACGGGCUGUUGGCGGCAAUAGAGGAGGCCAUCCAGAUCUCCCAGGAUCCGGCCCGGGAUGGGCCUACCGUCAAGAAAGACCGCCGUCGGGAGCUGUUUGGGGGAGAGGAAACACACGAGGAGAACCGGGUGCACUUGGGCAAUGCGAUCAUGUCCUUCUAUGCUGCCCUCAUCGAUUUGCUGGGGCGUUGUGCCCCCGAGAUGCAUCUCAUCCAGGCCGGAAAAGGCGAAGCCCUCCGGAUCAGGGCCAUCUUGCGAUCCUUGGUGCCCAUUGAGGACCUGGUUGGCGUCAUCAGCCUCCCGCUGCAGAUUCCUUCAUUCGGCAAAGAUGGCAGCGUCAUCGAGCCCAAGAUGUCUGCGAGCUUCGUGCCCGAUCACAAGGCCCCCAUGGUGUUGUUCCUUGACCGGGUCUACGGCAUCGACAACCAGGACUUCCUGCUUGACGUGCUGGAGGUCGGAUUCUUGCCUGACAUGAGGGCAGCGGCCUCGCUGGACACGGCGGCCUUCAGCACCACGGAGAUGGCGCUGGCCUUGAACCGCUACCUGUGCCUGGCCGUGCUGCCGCUCAUCACCAAGUGUGCGCCGCUCUUCGCGGGCACUGAGCACCGGGCCAUCAUGGUGGACUCCAUGCUGCACACCAUCUACCGGCUCUCCCGCGGGCGCUCCCUCACCAAGGCGCAGCGGGACGUCAUCGAGGAGUGCCUCAUGGCCCUGUGCAGGUACAUCCGGCCCUCCAUGCUCCAGCACCUCCUGCGCCGGCUGGUGUUUGAUGUGCCCAUCCUCAACGAAUUUUCAAAGAUGUCGCUCAAGCUCCUGACCAAUCAUUAUGAGCGUUGCUGGAAGUAUUACUGCCUUCCCACUGGCUGGGCUAACUAUGGAGUCACCUCUGAGGAAGAGCUCCACCUGACCCGCAAGCUCUUCUGGGGCAUCUUUGAGUCCUUGUCCCACAAGAAAUUUGACCCUGACCUGUACAAGCUUGCCAUGCCCUGCCUGUGUGCCAUCGCGGGCGCCAUCCCCCCUGACUAUGUGGACGCCAGCUACUCCUCCAAGACCGAGAAGAAGGCUUCCGUGGACGCCGAGGGCAACUUCGACCCCAAGCCAGUGGAAACGCUUAAUGUGAUCAUUCCUGAGAAGCUGGACUCCUUUAUCAACAAGUAUGCCGAGUACACUCAUGAGAAGUGGGCCUUCGACAAGAUCCAGAAUAACUGGUCCUUUGGGGAGACAGUCGACGAGGAGGCCAAGACAAGCCCCAUGUUGCGGCCCUACAAAACGUUCUCGGAAAAGGACAAGGAAAUUUACCGGUGGCCUAUCAAGGAAUCCCUGAAGGCCAUGAUUGCUUGGGAGUGGACUAUUGAGAAGGCACGUGAAGGUGAAGAAGAGAAGACGGAGAAGAAAAAGACUCGCAAGAUCUCGCAGUCCGCCCAGACCUAUGACCCCAGCCAUGGCUACAACCCCCAGCCCAUAGACCUGUCUGGAGUGACCCUUUCCAGGGAACUGCAGGCCAUGGCAGAGCAGUUGGCUGAGAAUUAUCACAACACCUGGGGGCGCAAGAAAAAACUAGAGCUGGAAGCCAAAGGGGGUGGCACCCAUCCUCUGCUGGUGCCUUACGAUACACUCACGGCCAAGGAGAAGGCACGCGACCGAGAAAAGGCUCAAGAGCUGCUCAAAUUCCUGCAGCUUAAUGGCUAUGCGGUGACAAGGGGAUUGAAGGACAUGGAACUGGACACGUCAUCCAUCGAGAAACGCUUUGCUUAUGGGUUCCUGCAGCAGCUGCUGAAAUGGAUGGACAUCUCUCAGGAGUUCAUUGCCCACCUGGAGGCCGUGGUGAGCAGCGGACGGGUGGAGAAAUCUCCCCAUGAACAAGAGAUCAAGUUCUUUGCCAAGAUCCUGCUGCCCCUGAUCAACCAGUACUUCACCAACCACUGUCUUUACUUCUUGUCCACGCCGGCCAAAGUCUUGGGCAGUGGGGGCCAUGCCUCCAACAAGGAGAAGGAGAUGAUCACAAGCCUUUUCUGCAAACUGGCAGCCCUGGUCAGACACCGGGUCUCCCUCUUUGGCACCGAUGCCGCGGCUGUGGUUAACUGCCUGCAUAUCCUUGCUCGCUCUUUGGAUGCCAGGACAGUGAUGAAGUCCGGCCCGGAGAUUGUGAAGGCAGGGCUGCGCUCUUUCUUUGAAGGAGCCUCUGACGACAUCGAGAAGAUGGUGGAGAACCUUAAGCUGGGCAAGGUGUCUCAGUCCCGCACCCAGGUCAAGGGGGUGGGCCAGAACAUCACCUACACCACGGUGGCCCUCCUGCCUGUGCUCACCUCCCUCUUCGAGCACAUUGCACAGCACCAGUUUGGCGACGACGUCAUCUUGGAUGACGUGCAGGUGUCCUGCUACCGAACGCUCUGCAGCAUCUAUUCCUUGGGCACAACCAAGAAUCCCUACGUGGAGAGGCAGCGCCCACAACUUGGGGAGUGCCUGGCCCGGCUGGCGGCAGCGAUGCCCGUGGCCUUCCUGGAGCCCCAUAUCAAUGAGUACAACCCCUACUCCGUCUACACCACCAAGUCACCGAGGGAGCGAGCCAUCCUAGGCCUGCCGAACUGCGUGGAGGAGAUGUGCCCAGACAUACCAGUCCUGGAGCGGCUCAUGAAAGACAUCAGCGGGCUGGCUGAGUCGGGGGCCCGCUACACGGAGAUGCCCCACGUGAUUGAGGUCACCUUGCCGAUGCUUUGCAACUACCUGCCCCGCUGGUGGGAGCGGGGCCCGGAGACCCACGCCCAAGGUCCCUGGUGCACCGAGGUCACCUCUGACCACCUCAACACCUUGCUGGGCAACAUCCUGAAGAUCAUCGUCAACAACCUGGGCAUAGACGAGGCUUCGUGGAUGAAGCGGCUGGCAGUCUUUGCCCAGCCUAUCGUCAGCAAGGCCAAGCCGGAACUGCUUCGCUCCCACUUCAUCCCCACUAUGGAGAAGCUGAAGAAGCGCUCCGGGAAGGUGGUGGCGGAGGAGGAGCAGCUGCGGUUGGAGGCGAAGACGGAGUCAGAGGAUGCUGAGCUGCUGAUCCGAGAUGAGUUCUCAGUGCUCUGUCGGGACCUCUAUGCCCUCUACCCCCUGCUCAUCCGAUACGUCGACAACAACAGGGCCAAGUGGUUGACAGAACCAAACUCGGAUGCUGAGGAGCUCUUCCGGAUGGUUGGGGAGGUGUUCAUCUACUGGUCCAAAUCGCACAACUUCAAACGAGAAGAGCAGAACUUCGUGGUGCAGAAUGAAAUCAACAACAUGUCCUUCCUGACGGCGGACAGCAAGAGCAAAAUGUCGAAGUCUGGAGAAGGCCAGUCGGGUGGAUCGGACCAGGAGAGGACCAAGAAGAAGCGCCGGGGGGACCGAUACUCCGUGCAGACGUCGCUUAUUGUGGCUACCCUGAAAAAGAUGCUUCCCAUUGGGUUGAACAUGUGCUCUCCCACGGACCAGGAGCUGAUAAACAUGGCCAAGAAUCGUUAUGCCUUGAAAGACACUGAUGAGGAGGUCCGUGAAUACCUCAACAACAACCUGCACCUUCAGGGCAAGUGUGAGAAUUCCUCUUCGAUGCGUUGGCAGAUGGCUCUCUACAGGGAGAUGUCCGGCAAAGCCGAAGACAGCAACAACCCAGAGAAGAUCGUCAGGCGCGUUCAGGAAGUCUCUGCGGUGCUCUACCACCUGGAACAGACAGAGCACCCCUACAAGUCCAAGAAGGCCGUGUGGCACAAGCUGCUCUCCAAGCAACGCCGGCGCGCCGUGGUGGCCUGCUUCCGCAUGACGCCUCUCUACAACUUGCCCAGGCACCGGGCUUGCAACAUGUUCCUAGAGAGCUACAAGCUGUUGUGGAUCCUCACUGAAGAGCACCCCUUUGAAGACAGGAUGAUCGAUGAUCUGUCUAAACCAGGAGAGGAGGAGGAGGAGGAGGAGGAAGAGGCAGAAAAGAAGCCAGACCCCCUGCACCAACUCAUCUUGCAUUUCAGCAGGACAGCACUGACGGAGAAGACAAAAUUGGAAGAAGACUAUCUCUACAUGGCAUAUGCUGACAUCAUGGCAAAGAGCUGCCACAUCAAUGAAGGUGAAGAAGGAGGUUAUGGCAGCCCGGAAGAAGAAGAGGCUGAAGUCCCCUUUGAGGAGAAGGAGAUGGAGAAACAGAAACUGCUGUAUCAACAGUCCCGACUGCACAACCGAGGUGCAGCCGAGAUGGUCCUUCAAAUGAUUAGUGCCUGUAAAGGAGAGCCGGGUGCCAUGGUAUCCUCUACUCUGAAACUGGGCAUUUCCAUCCUGAACGGUGGCAAUGAGGAAGUGCAGCAGAAAAUGUUGGAUUAUCUAAAGGAGAAACGGGAAGUUGGAUUCUUCCAGAGUGUUCAGGCUCUAAUGCAGACGUGCAGCGUGCUGGACCUGAACGCCUUUGAGAGGCAAAACAAAGCUGAAGGACUGGGGAUGGUGACGGAGGAAGGAACGAUCAUCAGUCGUGAAAAUGGAGAAAAGGUGAUGGCGGACGAUUUGUUUACACAGGACCUCUUCCGGUUCCUGCAGCUCCUUUGUGAAGGACACAACAAUGAUUUCCAGAACUACCUGCGGACACAGACCGGCAACACAAACACCAUCAAUAUAAUCAUCUGCACCGUCGACUACCUCCUGCGUCUUCAGGAAUCUAUCAGUGAUUUCUACUGGUAUUACUCCGGCAAGGAUGUGAUUGAUGAUCAGGGUAAGCGCAACUUCUCCAAAGCCAUGGCCGUGGCCAAGCAGGUCUUCAACAGCCUCACUGAGUACAUCCAGGGGCCAUGCACUGGGAACCAGCAAAGCUUAGCGCACAGCCGGCUGUGGGACGCCGUCAUCGGCUUCCUCCACGUCUUUGCCCACAUGAUGAUGAAGCUGGCUCAGGAUUCCAGCCAAAUCGGGCUCCUGAAAGAACUGCUGGAUCUGCAGAAGGACAUGGUGGUGAUGCUGCUGUCCUUGCUGGAAGGAAACGUGGUUAAUGGUACCAUUGCUCGGCAGAUGGUGGAUAUGUUGGUGGAAUCUUCCAGUAACGUGGAGAUGAUUCUCAAGUUCUUUGAUAUGUUCUUGAAGCUGAAGGACAUUGUAGCCUCAGAUGCCUUCCGAGAUUACAUUACAGACCCACGGGGCCUCAUCUCCAAGAAGGAUUUCCAGAAGGCCAUGGACAGCCAGAAGCAAUACACACCAUCUGAGAUCCAGUUCUUGCUCUCUUGCUCUGAAGCCGAUGAGAAUGAGAUGAUAGACUACGAGGAGUUUGCCAGCCGUUUCCAGGAGCCUGCCAAAGACAUCGGCUUCAACAUCGCUGUGCUGCUGACCAACCUCUCCGAGCACAUGCCUCACGACAACCGGCUCAAGACCUUCCUGGAGCUGGCAGAAUGCAUCCUCAACUACUUCAGUCCGUACUUGGGCCGUAUCGAGAUCAUGGGCGCCAGCAAACGCAUUGAGCGCAUCUACUUUGAGAUCAGUGAGACCAACAAGGCCCAGUGGGAGAUGCCCCAGGUCAAGGAGUCCAAGCGGCAGUUCAUCUUUGAUGUGGUCAAUGAGGGGGGCGAGUCAGAAAAAAUGGAGCUCUUCAUCAACUUCUGUGAGGACACCAUCUUUGAGAUGCAGAUUGCAGCACAGAUUUCGGAGGAAGAGGGGCAGGGGGAGGAAGAAGAGGAGGAGGAAGGAGAAGGGACAGAAGGUGGGGAAGCUGAGAAGGCAACAGCACCGUCAGAGUCAUCCUCGGUCUUUGGGGAGUUUGUGGAAAGUGUCCUGAACUUCUUCCGCCUGUUCACUUACCGCAACGUCCGCCGGCAGUUCCGCAAAAUCAAGAAGAUGACCAUCAAGGAGAUGGCCAUGGCCGUGGCCACCUUUGUUUACACCAUUUUGAUGGGCAUCCUCUUCUUCUUCUAUAACGUCUUCAAGGGCAUCUUCCUUCUCAUUUGGAACACGCUCUUUGGGGGUGGCCUGGUGGAGGAGGCCAAAAAGAUGACGGUCACUGAACUGCUGGCCAGCAUGCCUGACCCAACUCAGGAUGAGGUGCAUGGAGAUGUGGCCCCCUCAGAGGAGGUAGAACAGGUGGCGGAGGAAGGGGAAGAAGUGGAAAUAGUGGAACCUGGCAAGGAGGAAACACCUGCUGAAGUUGGGGACGUCUUCGACCUGAAGAAAGAGCACUUCCGAUCCUUCGCACCUGACGCACCUGGUGGGCUUGGAGAUAUGGGGGACACAACUCCAGUGGAACCUCCUACCCCUGAGGGAUCACCCAUCCUCAAAAGAAAACUGACAGUAGAAGGGCAGGAGGAGGAGCCCGAACCUGAGAAGGUGGAGGAGCCUUCCGUGGAAGCAGAGAAAGUAGAUGCUGAAAAUGGGGAGAAGGCAGCAAAGGAGGAGGGAGAAAAGAAGGAGGAAGCGCCCCGGCAGGACGAGCCGGAGCCGCCAGCCAAGCAGAAGAAGGUGUCGCAGCGGGAGAAGCAGCAGCCUGAGGAAGGGGGCUCCGAGUUUUGGAACGAGCUGGAGAUCCAGAAGACAAAGUUCUUGAAUUAUCUGUCCAGGAACUUCUACAACCUCCGCUUCCUCGCCCUCUUCCUGGCCUUCGCCAUCAACUUCAUCCUGCUGUUCUACAAGGUGUCAGACACGCCACCAGGCGAGGAGGAAUUUGAAGGCUCCGGGUUCGAAGGAGAGCUGGAUGCUGGCUCCGGUGCGGACUCUGGCUUUGGCGGGGAAGAUGACGGCGGAGACGGCAACGGGGACGAGGACGACGAGGACAGCAUGGUUUACUUCUUCCUGGAGGAGAGCACGGGCUACAUGCAGCCGGCCUUGCGGAUCUUGGCCAUCAUCCACACGCUGGUGGCCUUCCUCUGCAUCAUCGGCUACAACUGCCUCAAGGUGCCGCUGGUCAUCUUCAAGCGCGAGAAGGAGCUGGCCCGCAAGCUGGAGUUUGACGGCCUCUACAUCACGGAGCAGCCGGAGGACGACGACAUCAAGGGCCAGUGGGACCGCCUGGUGCUCAACGCGCCGUCAUUCCCAAGCAAUUACUGGGAUAAAUUCAUCAAGAGAAAGGUGCUAGAUAAAUAUGGCGACAUCUAUGGACGGGAGAGGAUUGCAGAACUGCUGGGGAUGGAUUUGUCCAGUCUGGAAAUCUCGGCGCAGAAUGAGAAAAAACCAGAGCCAGACAAAUCUUUCCUUAGUUGGGUCACCUCCAUUGACAUCAAGUACAAGAUCUGGAAAUUUGGGGUGAUCUUCACAGAUAACUCUUUCCUGUAUCUCUUCUGGUACAUGGUGAUGUCUGUCCUCGGACACUACAACAACUUCUUCUUUGCCUCCCACCUCCUGGACAUCGCCAUGGGCGUCAAGACGUUGCGGACCAUCCUCUCCUCCGUCACCCACAACGGCAAGCAGCUGGUGAUGACGGUGGGGCUGCUGGCCGUCGUCGUGUACCUGUACACGGUGGUUGCCUUCAACUUCUUCCGCAAGUUCUACAACAAGAGCGAGGAUGAGGAUGAGCCCGACAUGAAAUGCGACGACAUGAUGACGUGCUACCUGUUCCACAUGUAUGUCGGGGUGCGUGCUGGUGGUGGCAUCGGAGACGAGAUCGAGGACCCGGCGGGCGACGAGUACGAGCUUUACCGCGUCAUCUUUGACAUCACCUUCUUCUUCUUCGUCAUCGUCAUUCUGCUGGCCAUCAUCCAAGGUUUGAUCAUUGACGCCUUUGGGGAGCUGCGAGACCAGCAGGAGCAGGUGAAGGAGGAUAUGGAGACCAAAUGCUUCAUCUGUGGAAUCGGCAGUGACUAUUUUGACACGACGCCCCACGGCUUUGAUACCCACACGCUGGAGGAGCACAACUUGGCUAAUUAUAUGUUCUUCCUCAUGUACCUCAUCAACAAGGACGAAACGGAGCACACUGGCCAGGAGUCCUACGUCUGGAAGAUGUACCAGGAGCGCUGCUGGGACUUCUUCCCUGCCGGCGACUGCUUCCGCAAGCAGUACGAAGACCAGCUCAGCUAGCCACCUCCUGCCUUGUGCCCUGGGCAGCAGCCCGCUCCGUCGCCCG